UUGACAUAAAAAUAAAUUAAAAUUAUCCGUGAAAUACAAUCUAAUUAAAUUUUAAAGUGUCUAAAGCCUUUACAAUGGACAAAAUUAACGCAAUAGACGGCAAGCGCUUGUACAAAAUCAAAGAUAAGUUCGCCGAUUUGAACAAAACGAAUUACAAUAAAAAAAAGGCAAAUUACAAAGAUUACAGAUUCGGCAAAGAUCGAGGAGAUUCUAAUCAAUUCAGAAACAGUAAAGAAAAAAUUGAAAACAAAACUCAACAAAACAACUUACAUUCAAGAGUAACAAACCUGAUUGUGCCUUCGAAAAUUGAAAAAAAGGACGUAAAUAUACAAGAUACCGAGAGGAAAAGAGACAAAGAUAAAAAUAGCAAAACAAGGAAUUUACUAGAUAGAAGAUACGAAACUAAAUCUAAAAAUAUAUUGGAUACAAAAGAUGACCUUAAUAAAGAUCACUCGAAGGCGCGGGACGAUGUUAAGAACAUAUCACACGAAUCCAAACCGAAUGUCAAAAUGGAUAAUACGUCACAUCAAAUAAAUAAGAGACCUCUAAUCAGAACUAUAACCGACACACACGACGCAACUAAAACUUAUAAAGCCGUAACAUUUACUGAAAGGAAACCACAGAGAGCGAUAAAAAUUAAAAUACCAAAUAUAAACAAUGUUAAAAAAACGAAUAUACCUAAAUUAGUAAAUAGACAUCAAAGAAAUAAAAUAGCCGUUAAGAAUAUCGUUGAAGAUAACGUAGUCAGUAAAAGAAAUGGUAAAUUUGAUAAAAGAAUUAAACAUAGAAGGGAACUGGUGUCGCCUGUCCGCGAACGAAAUGGCAUCUCGCCGCCAACGGAAAUAGCUAAAUGGGCGCCGAACAGUAUCACAGAUCACACGAGACCGUAUUACGAAGCCUGGAUCAAUACGACUUUGUCAGCGAUUUGUAGUAAGAAGGACGGCUCAUAUUUAGAUAGGAAGAAAAUUUUGAAGACCGUUCAGCUGACACUCGAAGAGAGGUCUUAUAGUCCUGAGUUGAUUUACGAGAACUUUGCAGAUGAACGUUUUACUGGGAAAAUUCGAAUAAAUCAUAGAUAAUUAAAUUUUUAUAGCAUAUUUUAAUAGGAACUAUAUUUUUUUUUUUUGGCAUAAUUGCCCAAGGUCUGCUGGAUAAUACGUAUAUGUCCUGUUACUUUAUCGUCUGUGUGUGAUUUAAUGUUUUGACUUUUCUUUAAUUUAAAACCAAUGCAUACCUGAAACUUU